GCAUAGGUCAGGAUUGCUACAAGAGCCUUUGAUUAUUUUAAAUAUGUUUAAAUUGUAGAAAAUUCAUGAUUGUAGCUUUAAUUUUUUUUAACUCUACGUUCUCACAAUUAGUCUUGAAUACAACCUCUUGAUCUAGUCAACUGUUUAUUGAUUUUGUUUGCGAGAAUUUUCCACUUGCUAGUGAUUUUUGCCAACAAAGGAGUGAUUAGAUUACAGUGUUAUUAUUCCGUACCUUUACUUCUUCGAACGAUCAUUAGUGUCAUUGAAUAAGACCAAUCAUCCGUUUCGUACAUGUGCAUUUUUAGUUAUUGGAAUAAGUGUUUUGUGAUUAUUAUUUGAAAAAGGAACGACGAGUAGCAAAAUAUAACAAGAUAACCGUUGUGACAUUUGGAUAUUAGCGAAACAUAAUUCAUCUGUUUUCUCCCUCAUUGGAUACAAUUAUUGAACAAAUGUUAUAAAGAAUAUAUAAAACCCCUUGAGGGAACAUAGAGAUGGUGGACUACUAUAGAAUACUUGGUGUUUCAAGAUCUUCUACGGAUGCGGAGAUAAAAAAAGCUUACAGAAAAUUAGCAUUAAAAUGGCAUCCAGACAAGAAUCCAGAUAAUGCAGAUGAAGCUAACAGGCGUUUCAAAGAAAUAUCUGAGGCUUACGAGGUGCUGUCCGAUGAAAGGAAACGUCGGGUGUACGAUCAGUAUGGGAAGGAGGGGCUGAACAAUAGUAGGGGACGGCAUUCAGCCUCCGACGAGGACUACGACUUCGGCUACCAUGGCUUCCCCUUCACAUUCCGAGACCCCGAGGAGGUGUUCAGAGAAUUCUUUGGCGGAUCCCCCUUCGGCGAACUAUUCCCCGAGCUGAACGGUCACGGUCGUCACGGGCGGCGUGGUCCUAGCACGUCUCUGACGUCAUCGCUGUUCAGCCCCUUCGGCUUCGGUAUGCAGGGUCUGGAUGAUAUCUUCGCGCACACAAAUGGGAACACCUUCACGUCAUUCUCGACCUUCAACAGCGCCAUGGCUGGACCCGGGAGCGCCAACAUGAGGAGCACCACGACCACCACGAGGAUCGUCAAUGGAAAGAAGAUUACUACUAAGAAAGUCACAGAGAAUGGUCGUGAGAUUGUGAUGUCCUACGAGAACGGGGUCCUGAAAUCAAAGACUGUGAAUGGUGUACCUCAAUCUUUAACAUAUAGUUAAACUGAUAGCAUCCUAAUACACUUAACAAGAACCCAAAUGAAAACUGUACUCAAUGAUAUGUACGAGUAAUAUGUUCCAACUUAUAAUUUAGUUUGCUUUAUUUAAUUAUAAUUUCUGGCACUGUAAAUUUUUAGUAAUGAAUAUAUCUAAAACAUACUUAAUUUAGUGAUAAGUUUUGCUUUUUAUUAUUAUAAUAAUUCUAAUUUCACAUUUAAUACAAGCUGAUUGGUCAUUUAUAAUAUUAUAAUCUACCAAGUAAUGUUUGUCCGGUUAUGAUCUCAAUGGAUAUCGUAUUGACAGUGUGUAACGAGAUUCAGUCAUUGUUGAUACAUGUGAAUCAAUGCUUGAAAUUAACAUGUAAAACACAUAAUCCAUUUAAAGGAUAAAUGUGUUAUUAAAACAACAUCCCCAUACACGCACCCCCACAGGUCUGUCGAUAAUAUUUUUACUAUUCAUGUUACUUGUUAGGCUUUAAGUUUAUAAAAUAGUCCAUGCUUUGAUUGUUGUACCGCAGAAUAAUCACUGCAGUAUGAAAAGUGAGCAAGUAAUAACUUUAUGAAGCUUUUAUGUGCUUCCUAAUUAAUGUGGUUUAAUAGUUUAAAUUUUUUACACAAAUAUGCCAAAAAGGUAUGCAAAUUAAUGUUUAGUAUAAAUUUAGUCUAUAACGACUUAAAGAGGAACUACAAUAAGGUGUUAAAUGCUCAGGGAUGUAGGCCCAUGCUGUAGCUAAGAACUAAGCGAUCACAAUGUUAUCAAUUACUGUUUGAACACAAAUAAUUUUUGUGUAUAAACAACAACAUAUCGGAAUUAAUUAGAUUGUUAUAAAGUGAAAUUAAAAUAUCCAUUCAGCUGUUUUAUUAAUACAAGGCUAUUAAAAUUGAUAGCUGGCAUAAACCAUAGUUUGUUUAGCAUUUUUUUUUUAUUAAUGAUAUCUAUGGGUAAUAUAUGUAAAAAUUAUUAUAUAGUUGAACAUUUGCCAUGUUAAAUCCACUCGAGACACCAUUGACAACUGAUAGCGAAUUCAUCUUAAUAUUUAGUAUAUUUUUGUAGAUUUGAUAAAUUAUAUAAAAAAAAGCAACAUAACCAAUUUACAAGCGUGAUUAUAUAAAAAAAAAAAAUUUAGUCAAAUUAAUAAUUUGCUAUGUUAUUACAGUAGGUACUUAAUUCUUAUUUAUGUUGCAUUUUUUACUUCAUUUUGUUUGUAAUUAAAUGUUUUAUAAUAAUUGCUUUUAUUGAUAACUACAGUUAGAACAUGUUUCGAUUUCUUGUUGAUCUAGUAUCAGCUCAACACACAAUACUUGUAUAUCACCGGAGUGCCAUUACUGUUCUAGAUGCUUCUCUAAAGCAAGUUUGGAUUAAUGUAAAUAAAUUUAUGAUUUGUUCUCAAUGUUUUGUGCCCUACAAAAUUAUUGUCAGCAAGUAAUGAGCACUGCGAGAGAAAUAAACAAAAUUUAAUCGUA